UUUUGACUGGAGUCUAGCUGUGAACGGCUGUUUUUUGUUACGUGGAGAGCAAUGGCAGAGUUUGUUAAAGCGCAAAUUAAGGACGGCAAAGUAGUUGUGUUUUGUAAACCGACCUGCAGUUACUGCAUACUCGCAAAGGAUGUUUUGUCGAAGUAUAAAUUUAAAGCUGGACAUUUUGAGUUGAUCGAUAUUAGCGCACGCGCUGACAUGGGCAGCAUACAGGACUAUCUGCAACAGAUCACGGGCGCGCGCACUGUUCCUCGAGUUUUCAUAGGAGAAGAUUGUGUUGGAGGAGGAAGUGAUGUUGAGGGUCUUGACCGUUCUGGAAAACUGGAAGGCAUGUUGCAGGCCAUCGGAUGUCUGCAGUGAGGGGCGUUAAGAAGGGGUCACAUGAUGCUGCAGCGAGACUUGCGGAUCUGCCGUCUGCGCUGCUGGUACUCGCUGAGCUCCUGCAGGUAACCUCUGGAGGGCCAGCGCAGACGCUCCACCUGCUCGCGCUCCUCGUCUGUCAACCAAAAAAAAGCAUCAUUGGAACUCUUCAUCUUUAGGAAAAUUAAUAACUUUCUACAAGAAUGCCAAAUGAAACGUAUAUCCAUCCAUCUUUGCCUUAAAAUCCCGCACUUGCUUUAAAAUCUUUUUGAGUUUCUUUCUUCUUUUGAACACCAAAGGAAAUAUAUUUUAAAAAAUACUGUUAGCUGGCACCCUUCAUAGUAGGGAAUAAAAUUAUUAUGGAAGUUAAUGGGUGCCAGCGUUCUUCAAAGUAUCUUCUUUUGUGUUCAACAAAGAUAAAGAAACUCAGAAAGGUUUAUCCAUCCAUCUUUAUCUGAAACUGAAACUAUGUAACUGUCUCUAUAUGCAUAUUCCAAUGAGUGUACAAAAAAGAUAAUGCUCCAAAAAUGUCACAAUAAACGCUUUAAAAACUUAAA